GAUGAGAAGAAAGGGUCCAUCUCUGACGACAUGUCCGACGAUCCGGAGGUGAAGAGAGAGAAACUCAUCUAUUUUUAUGGUCCGGAAGAUAAUCUGGAGAGAGAAAUGCAACUCUUAGCCAACUCUGCUGCCAACCAAGGGUUCGGGAUGUCUACCAAUUCGUUAAAAGAGAGACCGCAAGACAGAGACAAAGACAUGUCGUUAGGCAUCCCUCCCAUUAUAACUCAUACGGCGGCCACACCGCAGGGCUCACCCAACGCCACGCUAGAGCCCAGUCGUUCAUUCCCGUCGAGUCCGCUCUCACUGCACAUACAGGCGGCCUCUCUUUGCUCAAUCAACCAGACAUUUGAGAAUGCCAGCCCUCCCCGUUCGGCCAACAACGUGGCCUCCCUAUCCGUUCCCUCCUCUCAUUUCUUGCCGGCGUUUCUGCAACGGAGGCGCAGCUCCUGUAGUUCGGCCACAUUUAACGUCGACUCCGCCACCUCCGCGCCCAACAGUCGACGCAGUUCUUGCUUGAGUACUACCGGUGCCGGCAGUGACACCGUUAUACGGAUCCAACGGCGCGGCAGUAAUAUCAGCCGUAAGUCCAGUAGUAAUAACCAUAAGAAGAAGUCCGACAAACAAACUCUGGUCGACGACAACGAGUCCAGUGAUAGCGAUAACAACGACAAUGUGUCGGACCGGAGGCCCCGACGCCAGAGUACAACCGAAGCCGAUGUGAACAACCAGUGCAACGGCGACGUGUCGGCGCUGUGCGGUAGCGUCGGUCGCACUGCUCAAUACCGGCGCUCAAUAUCAUCGACAACGGCCGCCACCACUCGUCGUCCGUCGGCGGCCGACAAGCGGCACAACUCUAUCGGCUGUCACUCGCCGGCUGUCAGUCCCGACGAUUCGGUCGCGAGUUUCCUAUCUCUGGAGCGCAAGAACUCCCUCAUCCACGAGAUACGGGUGCUGUCGCCCCGCAACUCCCUGACCGGUGUCUUCUACUCGUCCAGUGUUAUCAGUGUCCGCAACAACAGCGCCGGUGGCAACCAAUCGGGGCUCACAUCGGGAUCGUCGGCCUUCAAACUGGACGAACUGCCCCUCCAGUUGGCCGAACCGAAGAUACCCCCGUGGAGUGCCGAACGGGAGUUCCUGGGGGUCGCCAACUAUGUGUUUACAGUGAUAUUUGCUAUGGAAAUGUUGGUGAAAGUCACUGCAAAGGGCUUGUGGUACGGAAGGGAUGCCUACUUCAAAAAUGGCUGGAAUAUAAUGGACGGCAUUCUUGUGGGCGUCUCGUUGUUUGAUAUC